UUGCUGUGGUGGAAACGGUGAAGGAAUUUCAGUCAGAGUUGGCUAGUGACGGCCGUUCUUCAGUUCGAUCAGUUGUUCCCUCACGAGAGUAUACUUCACGCCCGGUUGUCGGGGUGCUUUCCAUUCAUCUCCGCACCCCGCCUCUCAUACCUUUAUCGCCGUCGAUCUCUCUGGUCGCGUCGCGAUGGAUUCGCUGCAAGCGCGGCAGACAUGGGAGCUGGAGAAUCGAAUCGAGCCGUUGCCGGCGAGCGACGUGGACGCGAUCUACCGCUACGACGAGCGCAUCCACGCCGACGUGCUGUCGCAGAAGCCGUGGACCAAGGACCCGCACUACUUCAAAAACGUCCGAAUCUCCGCUCUAGCGCUUCUGAAGAUGGUCGUGCACGCGCGAUCAGGCGACACAAUCGAGGUGAUGGGCAUCAUGCAGGGCAAGGUGGUGGACGGCACCAUCAUCGUCAUGGACGCCUUCGCGCUGCCUGUGGAGGGCACUGAGACCCGGGUCAACGCUCAGGCGGAGGCGUACGAGUACAUGGUGGAGUUCACCCAGACCAAUAAGAGGGCGGGGCGACUUGAAAACGUGGUGGGGUGGUACCAUUCGCACCCGGGGUACGGGUGCUGGCUGUCGGGCAUUGACGUGUCGACUCAGAUGCUCAACCAGGAGUUCCAAGAGCCCUUCCUCGCGGUUGUCAUAGACCCCACUCGCACCGUGUCCGCGGGCAAGGUUGAGAUCGGCGCCUUCCGCACAUACCCCAAGGGGUACAAGCCGCCAGACGAGCCGGCUUCGGAGUACCAGACCAUUCCUCUGAACAAGAUCGAGGACUUCGGCGUGCACUGCAAGCAGUACUACUCACUAGACAUCACGUACUUCAAAUCAUCCCUGGACUCGCACCUGCUGGACCUGCUGUGGAACAAGUACUGGGUCAACACUCUCUCCUCCUCGCAGCUCCUCGCCAACCGGGACUAUGUUGCGGGGCAGAUCUCCGACCUGGCGGAGAAGCUGGAGCAGGCAGAGGGGCAGCUGGCGCACUCAGGGCGCAUAGGGGGGUUCCUGAUGCCCCCGCAGAGGCGCAAGGAGGAGGACUCACCUCUGAGCCGGUCAACGAGGGACAGCACUCGCAUCACAGUGGAGCAGCUGCACGGACUCAUGUCACAGGUGAUGAAGGACCUACUUUUCAACUCCGUUGCACCCUCAGGCAAGCCAGGCAAGAGCCAAUUAGAAGCUGCCAGCUCACCAGGAGGAGAGCCCAUGGUUGAAGCCUAAGCCAUCAGGGAACAGCGUGGCAUUGCAUGGGAAUUGUCUAGAUAGUUGGUGAUCUCUCCAUCACCUAGAUGCAGUGAACUGCAUUAUGUUGAUAGGGGAUACAGUGUAGUUAUGGCUUUUUGUUCAACAUCAUGGCACACAUAUAGGUAGUUUACUGUAGCUGUUCAAAUAAAGGGGGGGGGGGGGGGGGGGGAGGAGGGAGCAUGGGGAAAACUUGUGCGUGCUGCAGUUCUAGAUUAGCCCACCACAGAUGUUUCUCCUGAGUCCUGACCAUAUCAACCCAU